CUUUCCAUCGAAGUAAGAAGCAAUAGUCAGCUAGAUCGACCGCGGCCAAUCGUUCGUGCAAGGAAAGUGGGAAAAAGGAAAAACAAAUCAUAACGAUGGCUUUUCUAUUCAAGACCGUUGCCUGCCUGGCGCUGCUGUCAGUCGCUGCCUGUGAGUACGGUGGCGAGGAGGAGCACCACGGACAUCAUAGCGUGGGCUACUCGUACGCCAAGUUCAGUGGCCCGGUCAGUGGACCGGCGCACGAGGUCCACGUCGAGGACAAGCACGGCCACGGGCACAAGAUCGACUAUGUCGCGAAGCCGGACUACGUGUUCGAGUACGGCGUGGAGGACCCGAAGAGCAAGGUCUCGCAGAGCCGCAAGGAGCACCGGCACGAGGACGAGCUGCACGGCGAGUAUAGUCUGCAUCAGCCCGACGGCAAGCUGCGCACGGUCAAGUACAGCUCGAACAAGCACAGCGGAUUCCAGGCUGAAGUGUUGAUCGAUGGAAAGCCGCUGCACGAGGAGGAGCUGGCCAAGCUGGCCCAUGAAGCCGCCACCCAGAGCGCUCACGGUGCCCAGCUGCAUCAGCACCAGCACCAGUUCCACCACCAGCACCAGGACGAGCCCAAGGCGUACGGUGGCGCCGAACAGCAGACCUACGGUGGUGAAUCGUCCUACGGUGGCGGUGCCGAGGGUGGUGAGGAGGGAGCGCACGAAGAGUACUACCACUAGACAGAACCAGCCGAUCGGUGGCAGGCUGUUCAACGGUGACCGGAACGUUCAGCAUUACCACGAUACCCCGCAGCAGUAGGGAGCGACUUCCCAUACCUUGAGGAUGUGGGAAUAGAACUGAGAGAAACAAAAUACUCCAACUUCCUUUGCUUUCCCGACGCUCACCGAAGCGUCGUCCAAUGUUCCUAAGCUUUAAGAAUGUUCUUUAAGACUAUCUUGCCGACCGGCUCACUGACCUAGCAAAAGACCGAUUUAGUCAAGCAGCUUUUGGUGGUUAGAACCAGCGAGCCUUAUACUUUUUUGGUGCCUACAAGACACUGCCUUACCAUUUCACAACUAAUUUUGAUUUCCUCGUGCAGUUAAGGUGGGCCCUUGGGCCACGCUUGAACUGCUAGAGACUGUUUUAUGGCGCACAUUAACCCUAAGGGGAAUGUUAACUAGUGUAGUAGUCUCGUGUAAAACCAAACGAAAAAAGAGCGACUCUUCCGUACUGGAAGAACGAAAUAAAAGUUAUUGAAUUGUAA